AUGGGCCUGAAAGUGCUGAAGUCUCCUACUCUGGAGACGUUCAAAACCCACCUGGACAGGUUCCUGUACAACCUGCUCCAGGCGGACCUGCUUCAAGAGACAGUCAAAAGGAAGUUGGAAGGCGCACGCUCACCCCUCAAUGGAGAACAGCAGAAUGGAGUUUGUGAUGGGAGCUUCUCUCCGACCAGCAAGCGGAUACGGAAGGACGUACCAGGCAUCGAGGCCAUCAACAGCUUGCCCAAUAAUUUGCCUUUGCCCGCUGUUUCUCCUCUUCACCAGCUUGACAUGAAAGCUCCCCUGCCCCUGCAGAACAGUGGAACUCACAGUAGUGGUCUAGAAGACUUGGGUAAAAACGGGGGGCUUUCUGAGAUAAAGCUCCCCGUUAAUGGUUGCAAUGAGCUAGACAAUAGUUUUAACAUCCUGCAGAACAAGGAGCUAAAGCAAGAGCCUUUGGAUGACCCCAGCUGCAUAGACACUUCUGAAACAUCUCUUUCAAACCAGAACAAGCUCUUUUCAGAUAUUAACCUGAACGAUCAGGAGUGGCAGGAGCUAAUAGACGAACUAGCCAACACCGUUCCAGAAGAUGAUAUACAAGACUUGUUCAAUGAGGAUUUUGAAGAGAAGAAGGAGCCGGAAUUUCCCAGGCCUGCCACAGAGACUCAAGAGAGUGCGAGCGUGAAAAGCGAUCCAUCUCAUUCUCCAUUUGCUCAUGUCCCGUUAGGGUCUCCCCAGGUGAGACCUUCUUCUUCCGGUCCUCCGUUUUCAAACGUCUCCACGGCCUCUAGCAUAGCUUCCGUGUCCAGCGCCCCACCAGCCCCCAUCCCUGCCGGCUCACCAGCAAACUGUGUCGUUCAGUCACCUCAAACCCCCAGCCAGGCCCACACUCCAGGCCAGACGCAGACACGGUCUGGAAAUGGCUAUCUCAUGAAUCCAGCAGCGGCAACGGUGGCUGGAUCAGGGCCUGGGCCUGUCAAUAUGCCCAGCGCUGACCUGUCUCCGGCUGAGCAGCUCAAGCAAAUGGCAGCCCAGCAGCAGCAAAGAGCUAAGCUCAUGCAGCAGAAGCAGCAGCAGCAGCAUCCAAAUCAGGCCUCAAACUGGUCACCUGUGGGCCCUCCCUCUAGUCCCUACGGAGGACCCUUCAGUGCAGAGAAACCAAAUAGUCCAAUGAUGUAUCCCCAAGCCUUUAACAACCAAAACCCAAUAGUGCCUGCUAUGGCAAACAAUCCACAGAAGACCACAAUUAAUAACUACCUCCCUCAAAAUCACAUGAAUAUGAUCAGUCAGCAGCCAAAUAACCUGGGCACAAACUCCUUAAGCAAACAGCCCAAUAUGCUUUCUUACGGCAACACCAAACCUCUGACGCACUUCAACGCUGAGCUGAGUCAGAGGAUGACCCCACCAAUGGCCAAUCCCGGCAAGAACCCCAUGAUGCCCUACAUCCAGCAGCAGCAGUCCCAGCAGCCGCAGAUGCAAGCUCAGAUGGCCCACCUGAGCGAGGAGCAGAAACGCAUGCUCAUCAUGAAGCAGAAAGGCAUGAUGAACCAGCCCAUGGCGUAUGCAACACUUCCUUCCCUUGGUCAGGAGCAGCAUCAAGUGGGAUUGUCUCGGACCACGGGGCCUAUGCAGCCUUCUGUCCCACCGGGCUCCAGCAGCGUGGUCACAGGCACGAGCUCUGGGGGUCCCUUCCUGGGAAACCAGCCUCAAGCGGCCAUCAUGAAGCAGAUGCUGAUCGAGCAGAGAGCCCAGCUCCACGUGAUAGAGCAGCAGAAACAGCAGUUCCUGAGAGAGCAGAGGCAGCAGCAGCAGCAGCAGCAGAUCCUGGCGGAGCAGCAGUUGCAGCAGCAGUCACAUUUGCCUCGGCAGCACCUGCAGCAACAGCGGAGCCCGUACCCGGUGCAACAGGUCAAUCAGUUCCAAGGUUCUCCCCAGGAUAUAGCAGCUGUGAGGAACCAAGCAGCCCUCCAGAGCAUGAGGACAUCCCGAAUGAUGGCCCAGAACGCGAGCAUGAUGGCCAUGGGUCCUUCCCAGAACCCCAGCACGCUGCCCACCACCGCAGGCCAGUCAGACAUGGGCAUGGUUCCUUACAGCAACGCCUCCUCCAGCCAGCCCGGAAUGUACAGUAUGAGCACAGGGAUGAGCCAAAUGUUGCAGCACCCAAACCAAAGCAGCAUGAACAUGGCACACAACGCAGGGCAGGGCACGAGGCAGCCUGCCUCUGGACAAGCGGUGGGAAUGGUCGGCAGUUUUGGUCAGAACAUGCUGGUAAACUCUGCCCUUCCCCAGCAUCAGCAGCAGAUGAAAGGACCCGUGGGCCAGGUCUUACCCAGGCCACAGGCACCGCGGCUUCAAAACCUGAUGGGGACUGUCCCUCAAGGAGCACAGAACUGGCAGCAGCGAGGCUUACAAGGUAUCCCCGGAAGGACUAGCAGUGAAAUGGGGCCCUUCAAUAACGGCACAACGUACCCCAUGCAGUCGGGGCAGCCACGGCUGUCCAAGCAACACUUCCCACAGGGGCUUAAUCAGACAGUGGUGGACACGAGUGGCACAGUGAGAGCCCUGACCCCAGCCAUGGGAAGACAGCUGCUGCAGCCGCUGCCCGGGCAGCAAGGAGCCGGCCAGGCCAGGCCGAUGGUGAUGCCUGCAAUAAGCCAAGGGGUGCCCACCAUGGCUGGCUUCAGCCAGCCCCCCACGCAGCAGAUGCCAGGGGGUAACUUUGCUGCGAGCGGCCAAGGCCAGGCCUACGAGCGGAAUCCCACUCAGGACAUACCUUACAACUACGGUAACGAAGGAGCGGGGGGGUCCUUCUCCAGUUUAGCGGAGGGCGCAGACCUGGUGGACUCCAUCAUGAAGAGCGGACCGGGGGAUGAGUGGAUACAAGAACUUGACGAGUUGUUUGGAAACCCCCAGUGAAUGGGCUCGGGUUGUUCCCUUUGGAAAAAAAAAAAAAAAAAAAAAAGAGAGUUGGAUGUUUCUCCCCAUCCUUGGAUUGUUGGAUUUUUGUUUGAGUUGGUUUGGUUUGGGGUUAUUUUGUUUUCUUUUGUUUUAAAUCGUGCAAACUGAGCUGGUCUGUAGCCAACUUUGGAAGACUCAGGGGACGAUGAAAGCAUCGGCAUCCCGGGUCUUCCACCGAGCCGUCUCCAUUGCGUGGCAGCACCCGCUGCGCGCGCGUGUCGGGGGGCAGGAUGGGGAAACUGGAAAAGCCAGGUGAUGCCUCCGGUUGGGAAAAUCUGGUCUUUCCCUACUGAAAGGGGGCUUCAUUGCACAGUGGUUUGGGCUGGUCCCGGUACCUCCCACCUCAGUAACUGUAACGGCUGCAGCUUUGGGAGGAGCAGAUGAGAACAGCCGUGGGUGAAGCCUGAAGACAUCCACGGGCGAUUGCACAGGCCCCUGGUCGGAAAUGGGCUUAACCCUGGGGGUCAGCAGGUCUCGGCGAGCCAUGGCCAGGCCUGCAGGGGUGGCUCUGGGGCUGUCACACACGUGACAAACCCAAACAGUCACGGGCAGGUCACCAUUUUCACUGCAGACUGAUAAAAAUCCAAUAAAAGUGUAGGAGACCAUAAAUUUGGCGGGGCGGUGAGGGCAGUUUGAUAAGGGGAGUGCUGCUGGAGAGGGCUGAGGUGGGUGGGUAACUUAAUGAGCUAUUGAGUCCCCCUGGGACUUGCCGUGGCGCUUCCCUGUCAGAGCACUUUGGCAUCUCUCUGCUGCCUGGGGGUGCAGAACAGCAGCUCCGGGUGGUGUCAAAGGGUUAAGAGGUACCAAGAGACAUCAGCACAGGUCCCAAGUGGGUCCUUCUCCCUCCCACUCCCAUUCCUUCAGCGAGGUGAGCUGGGCUGGUGCACCUUUUUUUUUCAUGUGAGCCCCAGGUGACACACAGGGACAGGCAGGGGAGGGGAAAACCAUGAGAAAAUGGACGGGGAGGGUUUGGCAGCAGAGCAUGUUGCUCCUCACCUCUUGAGAAGUGCAAGGGUGGCAGGCAGUGUUACCCCCAAGUGUCAGGGCUCUCGACGUCGCGUUACGUGCAACCUGGUCUUCAGUUCCAAACAGAUGUUUGGUCUGAUCUCUCUGGUUUGCUGGCUUGAAAUUCGCUGCAGUAUGUGAAGAACAGGAGCCAAGUGGAGUACUACUGUAAAGAUGGUUCAUGAAUGGGUAAAAUAAUUGAUGUGGUUAUUAGAAACAUGGCGUUUGCCCAAAUAAGCUUUUAGGCAGUAGCGACGUGUCUGUGGGUCAGUCCUGAGCCGCGCUGCAAUGACGCUGUGACAGGUCUUGCACGGUGCUGAGAUGCCAGCCACUCGGGACGUCUAACGCAGCUGCAGCCUGGGGCUGAGGUGAGCUGUCCUCCCAAACCUGUCACCUUUUCACUCUUGUCAGCUGAGAGCUGCUUAUCAGGGCGUAGGUAGCAGGGUGUAAAAAACGUUAAGGUGAUCCACAGUCCAAAAAGUUGGGGAACCUCUGGCUGAACGCCGGCCUCUGUGAGCCGUAGGAUGAGGAUGAGUGGUGAAAGUGUGUCUCGUGUACAGCCACCAGUUCCAACGACCCAGCUCCCGAUUACCUCCUCAUGCGCUGCUCCCCUCGGGCCUGGUGAUGCUGAAAUCCGUAGGAGCUGAAGGGCUUGGCACCUUGCAUUUUAAAGUCCUGCCUUUCCCUGUGGAGCACAGAUACACAUCACAUUCAGGGUGGGAGCAAAAUGGGCUCAGAACUGUCUCAGCUCCCCAUUAGGGUUCCCUCCCCAGGCUUACCUAGAUGAGGAGAAGUGUCUCUUUUAAAUGCUAUGAUGUAGGCAGGACAAGCUGCAUUUUUUAAGGUGGACUAGCUGGUGGAGGUGAGCUCUCAACACAGCUUGCCCUGACUGCUAAAUAUUUUUUUUAAACGUGCUUUAGUUACAUCUCUUUUAGCAAACCCCUUUUUAAAAUACAGCGCAAAGACCUAUUUCAGUUCCUGCUGAAGACCAUAGGGGUUGGCCUGUCCGCUGCUUCGCGUGGGCCCUAGUUCAGUGAAGGAGAGCACCAGCCAAAGUCCUGGGUCCAUCCUCCUGGUCAGACGAGCCUGAAGGCGAGGGGUGGGCAAAGAAGGAGAAAGGGCACCCUGGAGGGCAAAUAAGUGGUGAUGAAGACCGAGUCUCUGUUGUCUUUGUAAAAGCUUCCUCCAAAUACUCUGUACUGGGACCAAGUUCUAGAGAGGUAGAUUUUAAUAGAUUUGGGGUUGGUUUUUUGUUGGUUGUUUUUUUUUUUUCUUUCUUACUAUGGUGCUGAUGUAUAUGUAAUGUUAAAAAAAAAAAAAGUUAUUUGUAAAUAUGUUUUUACAAUUCUACAGAUAUCACUGGGUCUACUAUCUGUAAAAUAUAUACAUAUAAAAAUAUAUAUAUAUACUGUUUGUUUAAAAUAGAGUAUUUUUAUUUCAUUCCUUAACUCAUCCUUACUGCAGUGGUAUUGCACUUCAGAUGACGUCUAUUUACUAAUUUGUACUGUAUCCCUGACAGCAACUUCCUCCAUUUUAUUCAGAUUUUUCUAGUUUUCUGUUUUUACUUUGUACAUUAAGCAUUGCUUAUUUCCUUUUAAGACCUGUACAGAGCUCUGAAAAUGUAGAAAAAGACCUGAUGUUAACAUACCACUUUUAAAGAAAAGAAAGAAAAAAAAACCCAGAACAAAACCAAACAAAAAUAAAAGAUGGUUAUCUGAGUCAUA